GACCUGGCCUACCAGAUCGCCACCCGCUUCCGGAUGCCCCUGCACGACGUCCGGCCGGGGCUGGUGCCGCUGCGGUGCGAUGGCGAGGAGAUGCGCUGGGCUCGCGAGAUCCCGGGCGCGACCCUGCCCGUGCGCGCCUCCGUCGGGGAGGUGUCGUUCGCCGAGAACCUGCUCUUCACGCACAGGGGCCUGAGCGGGCCCGUGGUGCUGCAGAUCUCCUCGUUCCUCGGCGAGGACAGAGAGGUUGUCAUCGACCUUAUCCCAGACCAGCAGGAGCGGCAGCUGUUCAACUGGAUCAAGUCCUACGCGAUUCGCCACCCCACGGCCCACGCGUUGUCGGCGGUGCGGGAGCUCAUGCGGAGGCCGGGCGGGGCCGGCUUCAAGCGGCUUGCGGAUGCCUGGUGGUCGAACGUGGCGGCCAAGGGCUGCGGCGUGCCGGAGGACGCCAGGUUCGCGGACAUCUCCGCCAAGGGCCCGCUGAGGCGGCUGGCCAAGCAGCUGAAGCACUGGCGCGUGAGAUUCGACCGCACCGAGGGCUACCCCAAGGCCGAGGUCACCUGUGGGGGCGUCGGCUGCGAAUCGCUGUCGCCCGAGAGCAUGGAGGCCAAGGAGUGGCCAGGCCUCUUCUUUGUCGGCGAGUCGGUGGACGUGACCGGCUGGCUCGGUGGCUACAACCUGCAGUGGGGAGGGAUGUGGGUCCAGUCCGCACGGGCAGACGACAAGCGCAGCAGUCUGCGGAAUAUCUGCAGGGCAUGUGCGGCCGUCCGUUUGGGCCUGCGGGGCACGCCCAAGGCUAUCGCAGGCCGCGUCGUAGACUUGGCAGCGAGGAUUGGCUGUUCCGACAGGCGCGUUGGAUUCGCGACCGCCUCGAGGUCUGAGCACCUCGUGGGUUCCAGGCUCGUGCUGCAGUGGUAG